AUGAGACGAUUCGUUGUUCAUCUCCCAGGUGGAGACGAUGAUGUCUCGACGACUGACUUUCCCUCGACGUCCAAGACUGGCUUACCCUGGGAGUCCACCACCAGCACAGCCGAGGAAAUGACAAGGACUUUGUUAGACAAUCCAAAGUCGGACAACUCAAGCUUGCUCAAAGCAGCCUGCUUGCAAGCCGCAAUCGGGUCAACGAUCUGGCUCAUACUCAUUCUGAUGUACAGAUAUCGAGUGCGUAUAAGAACCUGGAUCUGGGACUGCAAGAGAAUUCUCACCCAGGGAAGUCCUCACCCGAAAGAUAACAGAAAAGACGAAACAAUCAAAGAAGACGAAGGUUCAAGAAAGGACGAGGGCAAAAGGAACGAUGAAGACAUCCAGGAAGUUGACGAGAGCAAGCCAAAGAAGAAGAAAAAGUAUGAAGAAUGGGGUCCAAACGAGAAGCACGAGUUCGUGAUGCCCGAGUGGCUCAAGUGGAACGGUACCUGGCGAAAGAAAAAAGAAGAUGGAAAGCCAAAAAUUCAGGAAGUCUGA